CCACCUCAGGAACCUCCACAACCACCCCAGGGUCCACCAUGAGCACCUCUGGGACCAACCCAACCACCUCAAGUACCACCUCUUCCACCUCAGAGACCACCAUGAGCUCCUCAGGGACCACCACCAGCACCCCAGGGACCCAAACAACCAUCUCGGGGACCACCACAAUCACCCCAGUGACCACCACGACCAUGCCAGUGACCACCUCCUCCACCUCAGGGACCUCCACAACCACCUCUGGGACCAUCCCAACCACCUCGGAGACCACCAAGACCACCUCAAAGACCUCCACAACCACCUCAGGUGUCACCACAAUCUCCUCAGGAGCCACCACAGCCAUCCCAGGGACCACCUCCACCAGCUCCGGGACCACUCCAACCACUCCAUUGACCACCACAAGCAACCCAGGGACCACCUCCUUCACUUCUGGGACCACCACAACCAACCCAGGGAUCACCACAACCAUUACAUGGACCUCCACGACCACCUCCGGGACCACCCCAAUGUCCUCAGGGACCACCACAACCAACUCUGAGACCACCACAACAAUCCCGGGUACCACCACGACCACUCCAGAGACCACCACGACCACUCCAGGAACCACCAUGACCAACUCGGGGACCACCCCUACCACUUCAGGGACCACCACGUCCACCUCUGGGACCACCACGGUCAUCUCAGCGACCACCACAGCCACCCCAUGGACCACCUCCUCCACCUCAGGGACCAUCCCAACCACCUCUGCGACCACCCUAACAACCUCAGGGUCCACCACGACCACCUCAGGGUCCACCACAACCAGCCCUGGGACCACCACCUCCACAUCAGGGACCACCACGACCACACCAGGGACCAUCACAACCUCCUCGGGGACCACCUCCACCUCUGCGACCACCCCAGCCACCUCUGAGACCAUCCAAACAACCUCAGGGUCCACCACAACCACCCCAGGGACCACCACGACCAUCCCAGGGACCUCCAUGACCUCCUCAGGGACCACCACAACCAACUCUGGGACAACCACGUCCACUGCAGGUACCACCACAACCAUUACAGGGACCUCCACGACCUCAUCAGGGACCACCUCCUCCACCCCAUGGACCACCACAACCAUCCCAGGGACCACCACGACUAUCCCAGGGAUCAUCACGACCCUUACAGAGACCACCACGACCACCCCAUGGACCACCACAAUCAUCUCAGGGACCACUACGACCACCCUGGGUGCCACCACGACCACCCCAAGGACCACGUCCUCCACCUCUGGGACCGCCACAACAAACUUAGGUACCACCACAGCCCUCCCGGGUACCACCAUGACCCCCCCAGUGACCUCCACAGUCACCUCAGGGACCACCACGACCACUCCAGGGACCACCACGACCAACUCUGGGACCACCACCACAGUCCCAGGUACCACCACGACCACUCCAGGGACCACGUCCUCCACCCCAGGGACCUCUACAAUAAUCUCAGGGACCUCCACAACCACAUCUGGGACCACCACGACCAUCCUGAGUAGCACCACAACCAUC